AUGCCUUUUCCUAAGAAACUGAUUCCAUUUGCUUCGUUACUAACCGCGACAUUUUUGCUUUUACUCGUUAAGUCAUUUCUCAGCACUCGAUGGGAACCGAUUGAAUUAGGGGCUGGUCAAUGGCACAAUGAUAUACAACUAUAUGGUGCGAAAUGGAGGACGAUGCAAGAAACACAAAAACCAAUAUCCUUUCGUCCAGGGAUUGUGAAACCAUUCCCUGCAACAUAUUCGAAAAUGCUCGUUAUCUCCAGUACGAAAGAAGAAGAUGUGAAUUGGAUAAAAGAGAAUUUCGAAAAUGACACUAGCAUCCAAUCAACCAUAUAUACAGCGAACGAUCCGAAAGCCGAAUAUCAUCCACCGAAGAAUAAAGGUCAUGAGGUUAUGAUAUACCUGUCGUAUAUAAUUGAGAACUAUAACAAUCUUUCGGACGUUAACGUAUUCAUGCAUUCUCAUCAAAUGGCAUGGCAUAACAAUGACCUUUUCGACCUCGAUGCGGUUCAGAUGAUAUCGAGACUCUCUUCCGAACGUGUUACACGAGAAGGAUAUAUGAAUCUACGGUGUCAUUGGCAUCCAGGAUGUCCGGAUUGGAUGCAUCCAGGAAUAGUGGAGGAAGAUGAUGACAAACAAGAGCAGACUAUUAUGGCAAGAGCAUGGCUGGAACUUUUCCCACUUGAACCUGUCCCAAAAGUGCUCGCACAGCCUUGUUGCGCACAAUUUGCCGUUUCGAAAGAGAGGAUUCGAACUCUACCACUGGCAAGAUACAUUUCCUAUCGAGAUUGGUUGUUGAGGACAGAGAUGUCGGAUUAUAUAAGUGGUCGAGUGUGGGAAUAUAUAUGGCAAUUUGUUUUUGCAGGACAAACGACUUUAUGCCCGAAAGAACACAUUUGCUAUUGUGAUGGGUAUGGUAUUUGCUUUGGAGGAGAAUUGGAAUACCAAGCUUAUUGGGAGAAUCAAACCGAAAAGGACAGUUUGAGUAUUCAACUUGAGGACUGGAAUAUACGGAACGGAGAGAUGCAGAAUUUGAUAGACGAAGGAAGAGGAGAUGAGAUAGAGAAUUCUGAGAAACCGGACUCUGCAAUCAAAGAGAAGCUAGAGAGGGAGAUUGAUGAAAUCCAACGCUGGCUAGAGAUCAGCAAAGAAGAAGCAAUGAAACGUGGGGAUGUGGCUCUUAAUCGAGCGAUAGAAGCUGGUAGAGGAUGGAAAGAAGGAGAUGGUUUUUGA